AUUAUUUAGCGAAAAUUAGCAAAGAUUUGGUCUUUUGGAGCUCUGCUUUUAGGCAAUGACUAAAUCUAUAUAUUAUCUUUCUUCUGAAAGAACAACGACAUGCCCAGUGAAAGUACUGCGGGCUCAUUGUGGUUCUAUCAAACCAGGGAAACAUGGCUGACGCCGGUCAAGCUCUCGCACAUUUCAAAUGGGAUCUAUCCCCCAAAGACAUCGCUGAAAAGACAGAAGCAUUGAUAAAAAAAGCACGAGAAGUCUACGAUAAGGUUGGGUCUUUGAAACCAGAGGAAGUCACGUAUGAGAAUUGCCUGAAAGCCCUAGCAAGUAGCGAGAGGGACUACUCUUCAAAUAAGUCUAUACUGGAUUUCCCCCAGCACAUGUCAACUGACAAGGAUGUGAGAGCAGCAAGUACAGAGGCAGACAGGAAGCUAUCUGAUUUUGAGGUAGAGAUGAGCAUGAGAAAGGACAUAUUUGAUAAUCUUGUUGCAUUCAAGGAGAACAACAAGCAGCCAAUAUCUGCAGAAGCUCAAAGAGUACUUGACAAGCUUAUCAAACUUGGAAGGCGAAAUGGUCUUCAUCUCCCAGUUGACAAACAGAAUGAAAUCAAGAGCAUAAAGAAGAAACUCAGUGAUUUGGGUAUCGAUUUCAAUCGAAACUGUAAUGAAGAAAACACAAAGCUCUACUUCACUAAAGAGGAACUAGCUGGCCUUCCUGACGAUUUCGUCAACAGCUUGGAUAAGAGAGAAGAUGGAAAGCUGGAAGUGUCCUUAAAAUAUCCCCAUUACUUUCCCUGUAUGCGGAAAGCUUCAAAUCCUGAGACACGCCGUCAGUUGGAGUUUGCUUUCAACAGAAGGUGUAUGGAGGAAAAUACCAAGAUUCUGGAGGAGCUUGUUGUUUUGAGGAAGAAGCGAUCAGACAUUCUUGGCUAUGCAACUCAUUCUGACUAUAUCACUGAGAUGCGCAUGUCAAAGUCUGCUGCAAAUGUCUCAAAAUUCCUGUCAGAUCUUGCCAUCAAGCUGCACCCCCUUGCAGAUGCUGAGCUGAAAACCAUGCUUGACUUGAAGGAGCAAGAAUGUAAACAGCUUGGACACCCAUAUGAUGGUAAGAUUAACUACUGGGACAUGCGGUAUUAUAUGACCAUGGUGGAGGAGAAAAACUAUGUUAUAGACCACAACAAGCUCAAGGAAUACUUCCCACUCGCUGUAGUCACUAAAGGGCUUCUGGAUAUCUACCAGGACCUUCUUGGACUGCGAUUCUUAGAAAUCAAGAAACCUCAUGUUUGGCAUGAAGAUGUUCAAUUAUUUAGUGUCGAGGAUGUUUCAACUUCCACCAUCAUUGGUUAUUUUUAUUUGGAUUUGUUCCCAAGAGAGGGAAAGUUCAGUCAUGCUGCUUGCUUUGGUCUCCAGCCUGGAUGCCUUUUAGAUGAUGGAAGUAGACAGCUUUCUGUUGCUGCCAUGGAAGCUAAUUUCACUCGGCCAAGUGAAGAAAGACCAUCUCUUCUUACUCACCAAGAGGUAGAGACUUUUUUCCAUGAAUUUGGUCAUGUGAUGCACCAGAUCUGUGCCAAAGCAGAAUUUGCCCUUUUCAGUGGGACGAAUGUGGAACGUGACUUUGUCGAAGCUCCCUCACAGAUGCUGGAAAACUGGUGCUGGGAAAAGGAACCACUGCGUCGCAUGUCUGCACACUUCAAAGAUAAGAGCCCCAUUCCAGAUGAGAUGCUUGACAAGCUUAUUGCAUCGAGAAAUGCAAAUGCUGGUGUAUUCAAUCUGAGACAGAUACUUCUGGGCACUUUUGACCAAGAGAUUCACACUUCGCCACAGGUGGUUGACACUGCAAAAGUGUUUGCAAGUCUAUCUGAUGAAAUCCUUCAUAUUCCUGCCACUCCAGGGACAAAUAUGCCUGCAUCAUUUGGACACUUGGCAGGAGGCUAUGAUGCCCAGUACUAUGGAUACUUGUGGAGUGAGGUGUUCUGCAUGGAUAUGUUCUAUUCCCGCUUCAAGGAGGAGGGGAUAAUGAGUACCAAGGUCGGUAUGGACUACCGCAGAUGCAUCCUUGAACCUGGUGGUUCUAUUGAUGCAACAGAGAUGCUGAAGAACUUUCUAGGUCGGGAGCCUUCCCAGGAGGCAUUCCUGGUGAGCAAAGGUCUCCAAGUGUGACAUCAUCAGAUUGUGGCUUCCCAUGUCCCACUGCACACCUAGUCUGCUGAAUACCCUGCAUGAUGAGCUAGAAGUAAAAAAGAUAUAUUUUUUUCUCUGUUGAAAUAUUAUUUAUUUAACCUGACUUGUACUUCAGUGUUCAUGCCAAAGUUUCAACCCUGUACCAAAAUAGUAACCCUGCCCUGGGUGUAAAAAAUAAAGAAUUCACUAUGCAA